GUGGCGACACCGCAUCGCGUUCUUCUCCCAUCUACUCGUCGCCCGCUAUGCCGUCUUCGCCGAGCACUCGCAAGAGUCAGGGGAGCCAGAAGGAGUCGCAGGAGGACAAGCCCAAGAAGGCGGCGGCGCCGAGGAAGCCAGCUGCGGUGGCUGGCGCUGAUCUUCGUGGCUGGUUCAAGCCUGGAGCGUCAAGUGGAUCAGCGCCGUCCAAAGCCAAGGAGGAGGUCAAGCCCACGCCGAAAGCAAAGGGCACAGGCGACGAGCCCAUCAUGAUCGACGAGAGCGAUGACGAUGUUCCGGUCAAGAAGCCUGCAUCACGUGCUCCGCCCAAGUCGGCGCUGCCCAAAGCCGGGACAACCAGCAAGCACUUCUCAGCCGCGUCCAGCUCGAAGAGAGCCGUGAGGGUGGAAUCCAGCCCCGAGCCAGAACCGUCACCGAAGAAGGUGCCCUCCAAGACAUCGACCCCCAGAGCGGCAAAGUCGGCAGCCAAGCGCACCACCUACGUCGAGUCCUCAGAUGAGGAGGAGGCCAAGCCGAAGCGGCGGACUCCUGCCAAACGUGCACCAUUGGAGAGCGAGGAAGAGGCGCCCCCUCCGAAGAAGAUGCGCGGGAAAAAGGCGCCGUCCAGCGACGAGGAGAUGAGCGAGGACGACGUCAAGCCGAAGCGGGCCGCAGCGAAGAAGUCACCCAGCGAGAAGCCAGCCGCCAAAGCUCCUCCAACCAAGAAGCCGCCUGCAAAGGCCCCGCCAGCCAAGGCCCCAGCCAGCAAGGACAAGAAGCCGGCCGUCCACAACGACGACGACGAGGAGAAGAAGCCCGCAAAGCCCAAUUUCUAUGCCAUGGCGGCGCGGCGUGCUGCGGGUCCAGCGGCUCCGGGGUCGAAGGAGAUCCCUGACGGCGAUCCGACGGCACUUGCUGGACUCUCAUUCGUGUUUACGGGUGAACUGCAGUCGCUGGGGCGUGACGAUGCCAUCGAACUCUGCAAGCGGUACCACGGGCGCGUGGUUGGGACUCCGUCUGGCAAAACCGACUAUGUCGUCGUAGGCGAGAACGCGGGCGCGUCAAAAAUCGCAAAGAUCAAGGAGAAGAAGCUCAAGACGCUCACGGAGGACGAGUUCCUCGACUUGAUUCGCACCCGCAAGGGUGAGCUCGACGAGGCACAGCAGAAGGCUCUGGAGAAGAAGGAGAAGGAGGUGAUCAAGGCUGCAGAGGAAAUGGCACGGCGCGAGGAAGAGGAGGAGAAGCUCCGGAAGCGCAAGGAGAAGGCUUUAGCGGGGACAGGCGUGGCUGCCAAGAAAACUGCGCCUGCUUCAGCACAGCUCUGGACGACCAAGUACGCGCCGAAGACGAUCAAGGAGAUCUGCGGCAACAAGUCGAACAUUGAGAAGCUGCAGACCUGGCUUGCCAAUUGGCAGAAGAACUACAACUCGUCAUUCAAGAAGCCCGGCAAAGAUGGCAGCGGGUUAUUCCGGGCCGUCCUGAUCUCUGGACCACCAGGCAUUGGGAAGACUACGUCCGCGCACAUUAUCGCACAGGAGUCGGGAUACUCGCCGCUCGAGCUUAACGCUAGUGAUACGCGUAGCAAGAAGCUCCUUGAGAAUGGGACGAACAUCGACAACACCUCCCUGGACGGCUUCUUCCAAGGCAAGGGUGUGAAGAGCACCACCGUCACCGACCUCAAUCUUAGCAAGAGAACAUGCUUGAUCAUGGACGAGGUCGACGGCAUGUCGGCGGGUGACCGCGGCGGCGUCGGUGCACUAAAUGCCCUCAUCAAAAAGACGAAAAUUCCUCUUAUUCUCAUAUGCAACGACCGCAACUUGCCGAAGAUGAAGCCGCUCUGGGGCUCGACUUUCAGCCUUGCUUACAGGCGACCUGGCCCGCAAGAGAUCCGCUCGCGUAUCUUGUCGAUCUUGUUCAAGGAGAAGCUCAAGAUUCCAGCAAACGUUGUGGACGAGAUUGUCAAGGGUACCAACUCAGACAUCCGACAGGUGCUCAACAUGCUGUCAACGUACAAGCUGGGCAAGAGCGAGAUGGACUUUGACGAAGGCAAGCAGCUUAUCAAGAUGAAUGAGAAGAACACGAUCAUGACGCCGUUCACGAUCACCGACAAGUUGUGUGGGCCAUACUCGUUCUCCCGCACAAGUAAGGAAACGCUCAACGACAAGAUGGACUUGUACUUCCAAGACUUUUCGUUUAUCCCAUUGUUUAUUCAGGAGCACUACCUCAAGACAAAUCCAGCGAGGAUUAACCACCUCGAUGGCCAUGAAAAGGACUUGAAGAAUCUCGAAUUGAUCAGCAAAGCGGCCGACGCAAUCUCUGACGGCGACCUCGUCGAUCGCCUCAUCCACGGUGGUGAGCAGCAUUGGUCGCUCCUUCCGUUGCAUGCCGUCAACUCGACUGUGCGCCCGGCCUACCACAUCUUUGGGACAAACCGCUCGACGAACGGCGGCGGCUGGGGAGGUCCCUCGUUUCCGCAGUGGCUCGGGCAGAACUCGAAAAUGGGCAAGCUGCAACGCGAGCUCACGGACAUCCAAAUUCGCAUGCGCCUCCGAGUCUCAGGCUCGCGCGACGAGAUCCGACAGCAGUACAUGCCGCUGUUGGCGGGCAAGAUCGUCAAGCCGCUCAUGGACGAUGGGUCCGAGGCGAUUGAUGGCACGAUUGAGACAAUGGACGAAUACUUCCUUGGCAAGGAGGACUGGGAUGCGUUCGUCGAGCUUGGCGUGGGCGACAUGGCCGAUGACAAGAUCUUGAAGAAGAUUCCUUCGGCCACAAAAGCGGCAUUCACGCGCACCUACAACAAGCGCGACCAUCCGAUCGCAUUCCACAAGGGCGACAUGUUUGCGGCCUCGCGCAAGAAGAUUGCAGCGGAGAAGGAACAGCCUGACAACGAAGACGUGUUCGAGGACGACGCGCCGCCUCCCGACGACGACGACGACAAGGGCGAUGACGAGGUCAACGACGUGAGCAAGGACAAGCUCAUCAAGGCUGUCGGUCAAGGCAAGGGUAAGGGCAAGGCCAAGGCGCCAGCGGGCAAGAAGGGGGCGAAGAAGUAGGCGCGUAUAGCAUAAGCAUAGACUGUCACUGGUUCUUGGAUGUAAUCAUAGUCGUUGA